CGCGGCACUCCCAAUAUGGCGGCGGCCGGGGUGGUGGUGGCGGAGGCGGCGAGCAGUCCGGAAGCCCCGGUGGGGACGGCGGCCCGAGCCCGGCGCCAGCCCUCGGUACGGCCCGCACGGCUGCCCCCGCUGCUCGUGCUGCUGGCGGCGGCGGCGGGGCCGGGCGCGGGCGCCGCGGCGCGGCUGUACCGCGCGGGCGAGGAUGCCGUAUGGGUGCUGGACAGCGGCAGCGUGCGCGGGGCCACGGCCAACAGCUCGGCCGCGUGGCUGGUGCAGUUCUACUCCUCGUGGUGCGGCCACUGCAUUGGCUACGCGCCCACCUGGCGGGCCCUGGCCGAGGACGUGCGAGACUGGGCCGCCGCGAUCCGAGUCGCUGCCCUAGACUGCGCGGAGGAGAGCAACCAUGAGGUGUGCCAGGCCUACGACAUCCACUUCUACCCCAGCUUCCGGUAUUUUAAAGCCUUUACCAAGGACUUCACAACUGGGGAAAAUUUUAAAGGGCCCGACCGAGAGCUGCAGACAGUGAGACAGGCCAUGAUUGAUUUCCUGCAGAACCACACAGACGCAAGCUGGCCUCCUGCCUGCCCGGCGCUGGAUCCAAUUCGGCCCAGUGAUGUUCUUUCUCUCAUGGACAAGCGCGACGGCCGUUACGUGGCUGUCAUAUUUGAGAGCAACGGCUCCUAUGUUGGGCGUGAGGUGAUUCUGGACCUCAUUCCCUACGAGAAUGUUGCUGUGAAGAGAGCGCUGGACACUGACCAGGCCUUUCUGGAGAAACUCGGUGUUUCCUCCCUUCCUUCCUGUUACUUGAUUUACCCAAAUGGUUCACACGGGUUAAUUAACAUCGCGAAGCCUCUCCGGUCAUUUUUUUCCUCUUAUUUGAAGUCGUUGCCGAAUGUGAGGAAAAAAUCACUUUUGCUGCCUCAAAAGCCAAACGGAGAAGAAGGUUCUGACGUUGUGACGUGGAGGGAGUUUGACAGGUCGAAACUGUACACGGCAGACCUGGAGUCGGGGCUGCACUACCUCCUGCGAGUGGAGCUGGCCGCCCACCGGAGCCUGGCCGGGGCCGAGCUGAGGGCACUCAAGGACUUCGUUACCAUUGUUGCCAAGCUGUUCCCCGGCCGGCCGCCCGUCCGAAGGCUGCUGGAGAUGCUGCGGGAGUGGCUGGCCAGCCUGCCCCUGGACAGGAUCCCCUACAACGCCGUCCUGGACCUGGUCAACAACAAGAUGCGGAUCUCAGGACUGUUCCUCACUAAUGAGAUACGGUGGGUUGGGUGUCAGGGAAGCCGACCGGAGCUGAGGGGCUACACGUGUUCUCUCUGGACGUUGUUCCACACCCUGACGGUUCAGGCCGGGACCCGCCCCGAAGCGCUGGAUGACACAGGUUUCGCAGGCGACCCCCAGGCCGUGCUGCAGGCCAUCAGGAGGUAUGUCCGUACCUUCUUUGGGUGCAAGGAGUGUGGUGAGCAUUUUGAGGAAAUGGCUAAAGAGUCCAUGGAUUCUGUGAAGACCUCAGACCAAGCAAUUCUCUGGCUUUGGAAGAAACACAACCUCGUAAACAGCCGCCUGGCAGGCCACCUGAGUGAGGACCCCAGGUUUCCGAAAGUCCCGUGGCCCACCCCCGACCUCUGCCCGGCCUGCCACGAGGAAGCGAGGGGCCUGGACAGCUGGAACGAGGGCCAGGUGCUGCUGUUCCUGAAGCAACACUACGGUAGUGGCAACCUCGUGCACACGCACUCUGCAGCCCUGGGUGGCGCUGGCGACGCCACUGGGCAAGAGCGAGGCCGCAGCGCCCCCGAGAGGCCCCGAGACCCUGGGGCCCCGAGCCCACCUGCCCCCCGCGUGCUGCCCCCCACACCCAGCCUGGCAGAGAGGGCACACCCUGGGCCAGGCGGGGCCGUGGGUGGCCGGGAGGCGGAGGCGGCUGCGCCUUUUUUGGGGAUGGGCUUCUCCAGCUUGGACAUGAGCCUCUGCGUCCUGCUGUAUGUGGCCUCCUCCCUCUUCCUGAUGCUCCUCUUCUUCUUUUUCCGCGUGCGGGCCAAGCGCUGGAAGGUCCGACACCACCCCCCAGGGGUGUAGCUGCACAGGGCGGCGGCGCCUGUGGACACAGCCCCCGCCCUGCAGCCUGGACACUUCGGAUCAGGGAUGUAGACACACGGCGGACCGGCCCUCCCAUCUGGCAGCGGCCCCUGCACCGCUCAGCGGGCACCUUGGACAGAUCGCUGCAGAGCGCCGCCUGUGUUUACUCUUCCCAGCCUGGGAACGGGGCGGGGCCAGUGCUUUGCGCCCACUCUCACCUCGAGUUGACUGGACUCCCCGUCCACGCUGCGGGCCUUGUUCCGGAGUUGGAGGAGCCCCCUCACCCCGCAAUGGAGACGGAAGGGCGACUGAACGCAGCCUCCCACCUGAGUGAGCGCGCACUGCGGUUGUAUCUUCUGCGCUGCAAGAGAGGCCCCCCAGCCGCAGCAGCGGACCUGGGGUUGGAAGGGAGGGUGGUGGCCCGUCUCCUUCCUCAGGGACAGUGCCUUGGCUCGUCUCUGUUACUGCAGUGACACGAGAGAGCUCAUUGAGGGCCACCCCAGCCUGCCUGUCCUCCCUGGAUGUCCCCAUUGCCGCUGCCCUUGGUGGCCCAGCCCAAGCCCCAGGGAGUGGGGCCCAUGGGCUCGCUGGUGCCUCCCACCUGGACUUCGUUCACCCGCAGUAGCGUCACGAAGGUCCUGGCGCAGGGCCUGUCCCCCAGGCAUCGGUGAUUAUUUAUCGUUUAAUGGUUUCCGCACAUUAUUUGUAACACCCAAAACAGAGGUGAGGGAGGACAGGAAUUCCGCCAGGGGCGUUUCCAGGGAGACCCUGUGCCAAAGCUCUGCAGUGUCCGUGCCUGUGUGUGCGUGUGUGUGCGUGAAUGCGUGUGUCACUGAAGGCGGCAUGUGCUGUCUCACCGCCUCCCCCACGUUGCUGUGCUCCCCCCGUGACCGUUGAUGGCGAGGGUGGAUCGGGAAGACGGCUGUCGUGCCGGUGUCACCGCUGCAGCCUGGGGGACACAGACCUCGACGCCUCCAGCACUGUCAUCGGCACUGUCAUCGGCCGGGCACCUGCCUGAGCAGAGGGUGUGGCUGCAGCGGUGGGGGGCCCUGCCCGCCAAUGCUCUGCUCUGCGGCCCGCCCCUUGCUUUUGCAGUGCGUCGUGUGCUGGCAACUGAACACCCCCCCGCCCCGUGUUUCUCCUCAAGCGGGAGAUGGACGGGUGGGGUUGCGCGGAGCUCAAGGGAGAUGCUUAGGGCUGCUCGCCAGGCCGCCCCUGGUUCCUGUGGCGCGCCUCUCCCCCCGACGUCUUUCAGUAGGCAGUGUGCGCUGUCCGAUCUCACCGCCUCUGGGACAGUCAGUGUUGGCCUGUGUGGGUGGUCACGACUGCAGCUGGAGGUCACCGCUCCGUGAGGGACACACUGAGGACUUGCGGAGGGGCUGAGUUUCCAGCGGGCAGUGCACGGAGAGGCGAUGUGUCAAGGCGGCCGCAGAAGUACACCAGUGUGCAGGCGUGAGCAGCCUCGGCGCCUGCGUGGCCUGCGCAGAACUGGAAAGUACCUUUAGGCAAGGGUUCAAGUGUAUUUUCUAAAGUUGUAAAUACUGAGACAAUGAAUAUAAUAGUUCGGUAAUUUAAAUGUAUUUAUUUUUAAUGGAAGAAUUUUGAUUAAAAAGAAGCUAAUUGACCUGGGAAUGUCAGUGGAAUUUCUUAC